GUAUAAGGACUACAGAGAGCCCCCCUGGUCCAUAGAGGCCUACCAGUUCUCCAAACAGUACUGGUGCGUCCUGGCAGCGAGGUUGGCCUUCGUCAUACUGUUCCAGAACCUGGUGAUGUUCCUCAGCCUGCUGGUGGCCUGGCUCAUCCCCGACGUUCCCAAGCCCAUCGUGGAGCAGCUGAAGCGGGAGAAGACCCUCCUGGUGGACGUCUUCCUCCGCGAGGAGAAGGAGAAGUACCAGCUCAUCCACAGCCUCUUCGCCACCGGGCCCCCGGGGCUGCUCCCGCUGGCCCCGCCCGGCGCUGCCCUCUCCCCCCUGCACCACCGGCCCCCCGCCGGCCCCCAGGAGCCCGGCGGCCGCUACAGCACCCUGCCCUCGGCGACCCAGGCCCGGGACGCCAGCCGGGAGCCCCAGCCCAGGGCCCGAUGCAGGGCCUCCAGCUUCAGCCAGUUCGGCCGACAGACUGCCACGCCCGCCGCCGCCGCCGCCGCCGCCGCCGGGGUCACGUCCAAACACACCGCCGUGUGACGCGAGCGCACACACACACACACACACGCACACCUGGAUGCAUCCUGGGGUUUCUGUGUGCGUGUGUUUAAGGUUGGGAGCGUGUGUGUCAGGGUGCGAAUGGGUCUCUGUGUGCAUGUGUGGUGUGCGCGCAUCUUUUAUCGUGAUUAAUGUCCAACAUGAAUGUGUGUGUGUGUGUGUGUAUUUUGAGUGUGUAUGCAUUUAUAUGUAUCGCGGAUGUGUGUGCGUGUGUGUUUGAAUGGGUGUUUGAAUUGUGUUGGUGUAUUUAUAUGUACGGGGCUAGUGUGUGUGUGUGUGUGUGUGUGUGUGUGUGUGUGUAUGAAAGUAGGAUUUAGGCAUGAGUGAAUGCACCUUGUUAGGACAAACAUUAUAAGCUAUAAGAGUCAACCUCCCACUGAGAGAGAGAGAGAGCACGAGAGAGAGAGAGAACGAGAGAGAGAGAAAACGAGAGAGAGUGCGAGAAAGAGAGAGAGACCAAGCUCGCAAACGAGAGAACGAGAGAGAGCGAAAGAGAGACCCCGCUGUGCGUGUGUGUGUGUUAACGUGGGGAAGACGUAAGGAACCCGGGGGUACCGAGGUCUCAGCCUCUCCUCCCAUUGGCUCUGACUGUUCACCCGGCUCCGGACUGUUCUCAUCUGUUUCUGUUCCCUCGCUCCCGCCAGGGGGGGGGGGGGGGGGGGGGGGGGGGGGGGGGGGGGUAACGGCGGCUCCACAGCGUAGAUAAGCAAUAAGCAACACAACCCGAGUUUGAACAAUAGACAAUGGGGACGAAGAAGGAGUGCCGGAGUGUAUAUAUACCGCUGGGCGCCGGAGCGUGAACCUCCCACAUGGGUCCUGUUCCUGUCCCGGGACCGGGGGUUCAUCGAUGGACAAGGGCGGGGGGGGGGGGGGGGGGGUCACCCGCGGGGUCACUGCCUUGCCCAUGGGUACCGGCAGAAGGUGUGACUCUUGUUUUCAGGCAUCUGGUGCGGAUUAGGAUGCGUCGGAACGUCCUUGGAAUUCCGACUUUUCGGAAGAUUUAUCGGAGCAGAUGUUGAUCCCGGGAGCGUCCGGGAACGUCUUGGGGGUCGCGUCCCCCAACUGGAGGCCUCUGUUUUUCCCCCGCAUCCAGGGUCUCGAACCUGGUUUGAGAAUGACGGUCCGUUGAUUAGCGAGACUAUUAGUCGUUAACGAAUGUUAGAACAUAGAAACGGUCUGUUAGUUUGUUUGUGUACCUGAUAAGUACGUUGUAAUUCACGCAUUAUUCAUUACAUUAAUGCAAUUCUUAAUGAACACUGUACCUGCAAUAUAACAGACAUGGGCAAGUAAGCCGCUGAGUGUUUAUGGUGCGAAAACUUCUGUUUCUGAUGGAGAUCUACACUUUUGUUUUGGAAUGGAUGAACUCAGUAAUCCUUGUUUCCCUCCAUACUAUAAUAUCCCUCCAUCUACUCUAAACCACUCGUCCAGGUGGGCUUAUGAUGAUCUGCUUCUCACAUUAUAUAUUAUUAUUAUACGAUAUUUAUAGCUUAUAAGUUCAGCAUUAACUAACUUGCUUGAUUGGAGUCGAGAAUGGAGUGAAUUUAAAGUGCUACUGUUUUUGUAAUUUGAUUGAUCAAGGCCAGUAAUGUAUUUUCCAACUCCGACUCACUCAGUUUCCUGCAGAACGCUUGUUGAAUGUACCAUAGGUCUCAAAGUGUAUGGGGAUGAUUCGGUAGCCUAUCAUCCUCUUAAAAUGCCUCAACAUGGAUACUCCAUAGAUGGUCAUUGUUUUCUAACGUCCAGGCUUGACCAAGACGUACACAAAAGUGUAGAGUAAAGCUUUGUACCUUGGUGUCCUGUUAAAUAUCCAAUUGUCUUGGACCCAGGUGUGUGUUGAGUUUUCGGAUUCAAAGUUGGGUUUUUUAAAGUAAACAUUUGGUCAAGUGUUUUUUCUGCGUAGUGCUAGCUAAAAGCCGCAACAAAUUAAAACAAAGCUUCCUGUAGCCUUCAACAGUCGGAAUGAGGUUUGUGUCGUGAAAUCUGAAUCCUUGACGUGAAGGAUCAGGGAAUUAUACAGCAUUAUGCGUAAAAGCAGCUGCAGACUUGCCGAUUAUUGAGCCUUUUUUACAUUUACGAGUAUUAAUUCAGUCUACGGAAAGAGGAAAAGGCUAAGAAAAUAGAUGGAAAUAUAGAUUGAAAAAAAUAUAUGACUUUAUUUAUUUUGGGCCACUUGGUUGUAAGCCUUAGGAGAGCAUUAAGUCUAGUUGAUGUAUCAUAACGUUUAUUAGGAGGGAGAGGUCUACGUUUUAAAAUAGAGCUAAUUGUGGGUCUUCAGCUAUUUAGAAACAGUCAACAUACAAUUUGUUUUUAUUUUUACGUUUCAUUCAAAUGAUGUACAUCAUUUUUGUUAUUAUCUCAGGUAACUUUUCAUAGGCCCUUUUCAUGUAGGUUCUUCUGACAUAUAUUCUUUACAAGUUUUUUAGCUCAUGCUAAAAGCUAAGCUAACGAUCCGGUCGCAUAAACAACUUGAUCCCCCUAAGUCAAAGGGUGUUUUAAGAAAGAUUUUUCAUGGAUACACUUUUUCAUGGAAUAUAAGAAGGAAAGCAGAUGGAACAGUACAACAAUUACAACUUUUGUGUCUAAUGUUUUCCGCUGGGUAGCUUUUCAGCUAUGAAUACGUCUUAAAGUUUGAAUGUGUAAUGAAGAAUUAGUUACGUUAAACUCAUUGUUAUCACCCUCCCCUUUAUAUAGUGUGGAAAUAAACGAAAGAAUUAAACGUGUAACUGAAAUGAAUGCCAUUGAAUACCGCAGAACAGAGUUCAGACGUUCUCUUAUGUGCUUGACCGAGUGUACUGUACCAACGGUAGGCGAACAGAUCAAGUGACCAGUGGUUGUAAAUAUUAAGUAGACGCUUUAGGGGGGAAAAAAGCAAUAUGUGAAACACAGACUUCUUUGUGUCAUAUGAUGUACUGUAAAACCCUUCAUCUAUAAAAGUAAAUGCGUGUCUAUGAUG